AUGAUUUUAAAACGUGUCAAGGAAGCUGAAUGUUAUUCAAUAUUAGCAGAUGAAACAAUGGAUAUAGCGGGAAUAAAACAAUUAUCAAUAUGUUUAAAAUAUGUGACUUAUGAAAACAACCAAACAGUUAUAAAAGAAGACUUUGUUGGCUUUAUUUCAUUGGAAAAAUUGGACUCAGAAAGUAUAACAAACAAAAUUAUUUCUAGUUUACAAGAAUGGGGUUUGGACCUAAAUAAAUUGGUAGGACAAGGAUAUGAUGGUGCUAGCACAAUGGCUGGACAUGUCGGUGGUGUACAAAAAAGAAUAAGAGACAAGUAUAAGAAAGCAGUUUUUGUCCAUUGUGCUAGUCAUAGAUUAAACUUGGUUUUAAACGAACUGAACUCAGUUCCAUGUGUUCGGAAUACAAUUGGUAUUAUUAAAGAAACUAUAAACUUUUUUAAAGAAAGUUCAUUGCGUCGAAUAGUUGCUCCAAGUCUUACGAAAUUGUGUGUUACUAGGUGGUCGGAGUCACAUAAGGCAUUAAGAAAAUAUUAUGAAAAUUUCCUGUUGAUAGUGGAAGCACUAGAGUAUCUCAAAGUAAAUGGGAAUAAAGAUACAUCAUUGAAAGCUACAUGUCAUUUAAAUUCUGUUACCACAUCUCAAUUUAUUGUGUGCCUUAGGAUAAUUGCUAAAUACUCUGCAACUAUAGAACCUAUAACUAAUUCUUUACAGGGAAUAAAUUGUGAUUUAUUUAGUGCAAAUAAACAUAUUAAAGACCUUAUUAAAUAUAUCAGUGAUGACAGAGCUAAUAACGAAGAAAUGUUUCUAAUUUUAAUGAAAGAUAUUAAUAUGUACUUAAAUGAACUUGGUAUUACAUUAAUGACUCCAAGAGUAUCCUCAAAACAAACUUUAAGAAAUAACCCCCCUUCGUCAGGUCCAGAAGAUUACUACAGAAAAUCUAUUUAUAUACCAUAUUUAGAUUCACUGAUCACAUCUUUAAAUGAAAGGUUCCCAGAGGAUAAUUCAAAAUAUGAGAUCAUUUCAGUUCAUCCUAAGUACUUAAAACAAACAAAAAAAGAAGAAUUUAUCAUACAACUCCAAAAUCUAAAAUCAUUUUAUGGAGAAUUCAUUGAGAAUAUUGAAGAAGAAGGCCUAGUAUGGUACAAUAUGUGGAAAGAAAAAAAUGAUGACAAUAUGGAUUUUCUGAAGUUAUUAGAUGAAGUCACAUUUCUACCUUCAAUAAAAAAAUGUCUUUUAAUAGCAGCUACACUUCCAUCUACUACAUGUAGCGUUGAAAGGUCUUUUAGCUCGCUUAAAAGACUUAAAACAUGGCUUCGUAGUACUGUUACUGAGAAUCGCUUAAAUGGCUUGGCAUUGAUGAAUAUCUACAAAACUUAUGUACAAGCUCAAAAAUCCAACAUUAUAGAGGAAACGAUAAAAUUAUUUGCCAUGGAGCCUAGGCGCAUGCAAUUUUUAUUUAAUGACAAUUAA